UUUUAUAAUUUACCGAUUUGAAAAUAAUCCAAAAAUAAUUAGACGUCGACUAACUUUAGUAUCGUAAAAAAUAAAUAAAUAAAUAAUUUACCGUUUAAUAUUAAAAAAGGUAACGAUUAACAAAAACAAGAGAAAAUCUAUAAAUGCGUAAUGUCAAUGUGACAACAGUUUAAAAAAAAAAUAAACCGUCUUGAACUUUCUUUCAAGAAUUACAUGAAAUUCAUUAAAAAAUUAAGUAUCUCACAAAAAAUAAAAGUAAACUUAUUCAGAAAUUCCCUCAUCGCCAUAAAAAAUUUAAAAUGUCAAACAGAAAAUGACCGCGCGGCAACGAACUCAGAUAAAUAAUAUAGGCCGUAAAAUAUCUCAAUUUGAAAAAAUUAAUAAUCGGCAUCAGAAAUUAAAAAAUAACAGUACUUCUGAUAAAGUAGCAAAUAAUAAUGAUAAUAAUGAAGGACUUGAACAAUUAGGAGUCCCAAAUAAACCUAACAUACAAAAUGAGACCCACUAUACAAUAAAAAGUGAUAACGUGAUAAAUAAUAAUAAUAAACCAGAGAUUAAAGUGAUGGAUGAAGUGAAGACUGACCGUACAAACGAUUUACAAUUAUCAAGAAUUUCUCAUCGCAGUAAAAGAAAUAUUUUUAAAAAAAGUAAAAUCCCACGAGCAAGAAGACCUGUCACUACAGCCAAUAAAAUCUCACAUUAUCAUUCGUUAACAAGAGUUCCCAUUAAAAAAAGUUCAAAAAAAACUAUAAAACCAAGUACUGCAACAAAUACCGACACUGAACAACAAACAGAUGAAUCUGAGAAAUUAAUUACAGAAAAAAGAGGAUCAGGUGAUGAAAUUAAAAUUAAAAACACUCCAGAGUUUGAUAUUCCAUUAAAAAAAAAAAUUUCAUCAUCGGUAUGUAAUGAUGACAGUUACUUUGAUGAUGACUAUGAUGAUACUCAUAGUGAGAGUACUGAUGAAUCUGACAAUAGUAUUAAUGAUAAUGACGACGAAGACGAUGAUGAAAAUUUACACUGCUCGUGUCCUUCAUGUGUGGAAAAAUUUAAAUUAAAAAGGGAAUUAAUUCAACAGCUAGAAAAUGGACAUUGGUCUACAAGCGACAUACUCAAAAGCGCGCGAUCUUUGGAUUCAAGUUCGUCGUCAUUGGACACGAGAGAGUCUUCGACAACUGAUUCAAGUCCGGUGAUACAAAAAAAAGUAUAUAGAAAAUAUACUAAAGAAAUUUAUUCUACGCCGACUAAUGUUAAGUCUGACAAUGCACCUAAGGACCAAUCAGUAAAACAAAGAGGACGUUAUAAAAAUUCAUUCUUUCAUAUUAUUUUAGACAUUAUUUUUUGGCCCCUUGUAUUAUUCCGCAAGGCCAAGUAACAUUUUAUCUAUUGAUAAUUACCAUUAUUUAUUUUGUUGUUAGAGAGAGUGCCUCCUCUUAGAAAACGCGGGAAAAUUUGAAAUUUAGUUUUUAAAAAUUGAAUAAUUUUAUGUGAAAUUAAAUAUUGUAAUUAAAAUAAGAAAUUAAUUACCCUAUAAUUUUUUAUGUUG